CAAGUUCCCAAACCCUCAUCGAAACCCAAACCCACUUAUUUUUGCGUUGGAUGUCCGACACAACAGUACAACUUCAACAAGACGGUCUUCAGCAGAAGCAGGACCUCAGUGGAUCGCUUGUAGCAGAGUUAGCACCGGACGUUGUCAUCACAACUACUCCAGGGCGUCGAAAAUGGACAGCGUUGGAAACGGCAGAUCUCAUUGACGGUUGUGUCAAAUAUGGUGUAGGCAACUGGAAGAGGAUCUUGACGGAUUCACAGUUUAAUUUUCAUGGUCGAUCAGCAGUAGACUUGAAGGACAGAUUUCGAACUGUCUAUCCGUCUGAAUACAAGCGACUUUAUCCCGGCUCUAAACGCAGGCGGGCGUUCACUACAGAAGAGGAUGAAAUGCUGUUGAAAGGUGUUGAAAAGCAUGGCGUUGCCUGGGCAAAGAUCGCUAGAGAUGAACAAUUUAAUUUGGCACACCGUACAAGCACAGAUCUCAGGGACAGAUUUCGCAAUGCUUUCCCAGAGAAAUACGACAUGUAUGGCUAUUCACCAAGACAGAAGAGAAAAUCUGGCUCGCACACGCGAAAUAAUACAGAGGACUGGGCAAAGAUGGCUCAACAAUCUCAGCAAGGAGCUUCAUUAAAUAAUCAACGUCAAGUGCAAGUCAAAGACCAAAGAACAGAUAGUUUUACCGAGGAAGAUGUAUCAGUUAUUUACCGAGCAUCUUACGAUCCUGAACGAGGAUUGACAGCUACGCAUAACCCCAGUGAACAUGCAGCUGGAUUUAGACACUUGAUACACCGGCCAGAAAAUAGCUGGAUGUCUGAUGAUGGCAGUAAUCCAACUUUGACAUACCCAUCACUGACCGAUACGGGAUACACUACCACAAUUGCUCCUGGGGAUACGUCUUCCAUUGAUGCCUUGUCAGACCAUGUUGCGCAAAUGGCGCAGCAACAGCCAGAAGCAAGCAUCGACUUGAUCCGUUCAAUAUCAGAUUUGCGUAAACGCUGAACGGCGUAAUAAAUUGUAUAUUUUUUAUUUGUUAGUCCUUA